CACGAGGCACUGGACGCCCAGAAGACCGCCUUGAGGGAGCUGAAGGAACAGGCUAUGCAAGCCGCGCUCCAGCAUGAGCAAGCUCUGAAGGAUGCCCGGGUUGCAGCUGAGGCCAGGCUGGCGGAGGUCGUGGAGGACUCCACGAACUCCAACACCGUACUGACGGCAGAGCUGGAGGAGGAAAAGAAGGCGCGGAAAGCAGCGGAGCGCCUCAUUGAUGUCAUGACCACAGAUCACAAGGAAUACGAUCGGUUGGUUAUGCAGAUUGACGCGUUGGCUUUCCAGCAUUUCCCGGACUCCCAGGUCUACGCCGUGAAGAAGGUGAUGGAGGAUCGGGUGGCGCGGGAAUUUCCCAAUAUGGACAGAUCCAGUGCCCCUACGUUCACAGGGCGCAGCGUGACCUGA